CGAGUUUGGGAUCCAUUGGAGUUCCGUCCAGCGCUCUGACCGGCAGCCCGCAGACUUCGGAGACCACCCGGGAGCGGCGACUGCGAUGGGAGGCCAGCGAGGCCCCGGCCAGCACGGACUGUCCUGAGGUGCGGCGUGGCGCCAUGGAUCUCAAAGCCGGACCGCUUUUGGCCGCUCGCACCCGGAUCUCACUGUGAAGCCGCUGCGUUCUCCGAGGAAGCCCCCCGCCCCGCACGUCUUCUAACCUUUGGAUCGUCGUGUUGCCGAGAUGCCGUUCAUGCCGGUGAAGUUCACCCUGCAGAAGCGGGUGAAGCUGGCGCAGGGUCUGUGGAUGCUCUACUGGUUCUCCGUCAUCGUGAGCGUCCUCAUCUUCAGCCUGGGCCUCUUCUUCAAGGUGGAGCUGCGCAAGAGAAGCGAGCUGAUGGACAACGAGGAGAGCCACCUGGUGCCCAACCUGCUCAUCCUAACCGGGCUGCUGGCCUGCGGCCUCAACGCCUUCGGGGGCAAAGUGUGCCACGACUCUCUGGACCCCGUCAAGUUCUCCAAGUGGAAGCCCAUGCUGAGAACCUUCCUGCUGCUCUGCUGCGGCUUCAACCUGCUGCUGCUGCUGGCGGCGCUGCUCUGCUUCCUCAUGCAGUUCGCAGUCUACCUGACGCUGUCCGAGGGCCUGAAGAACAGCAUCCGCUUCUACAAGGACACCGACACGCCGGGCCGCUGCUUCAUGAAGCGGACUCUGGACUUGACCCAGAUCGAGUUCCGCUGCUGCGGCAACAACAACUUCAGGGACUGGUUCGAAGUCCAGUGGAUCAGCAACCGCUACCUGGACAUGAGCAACGAGGAGGUCAAAGACCGCGUCCUCAGUAACGUGGAGGGGAAGUUCCUCAUGGACAGUGUCCCAUUCAGCUGCUGCAACCCCGGCUCCCCUCGGCCGUGCAUCCAGCAUCACGUGACCAAUAACUCCGCCCACUAUGACUACGACCACCGCACCGAGGACCUCAACAUCUGGACCAGGGGCUGCCGCGAGUCCCUCUUCUCCUACUACAGCGGCCUGAUGACCUCCAUCGGCGCCAUCGUCAUCGCCACCAUCAUCCUGGAGUCGGUGGACAUGGCAGGCCUGAAGUACCUGAGCACGGCCCUGGAGACCAUGGCGGACCCGGAGAACCCCGAGUGUGAGAGCGAGGGCUGGCUGCUGGAGAAAAGCGUCAAGGAAACGCUGAUGGAUUGUCUGGCGAAGGUCAAGACUUUGGGCAAGUCCAACAACGUGGAGGAGGGCGAGGAGGCGGCCGGCUGAGAGCCCCGCCCACUAUAGACACACACACAAACACACGCACACACACACUGUAAAUAAACACGACAUUAAGAGUCUUCUCUCACAAUAAACUGACAUGAAACAACUUUUUUUUAAUUUGUAGGCCACACACACACACACACACACACACAAACACACACACACA